CUUUCACAUUAGAUUCUGGUAAACAUAAACACAGAAAGAGAAGCCAGACAACGAAAUAACAAAAAAAGAAAGAGAAGAUUUUAUUUUGCCCGAUGCCUCCGACCAAUAAUUACCGAAUCUCCGGCGAGCCACCGUCUACUUCGCCGUCUCCUCCACCGCCAAAGCCGAAAACAAGGAUUCUCUCUGUAUUCCUCGUCGGUUUAAUCAUGUUUUCAAUCUUCUUUCUCUUCCUUGUUCUUAUCGGCAUCGCCUCUGUUCUUAUCCUCCCUCUCCUCCUCUCUUCUCUCCAUCGUCACCACCGACGUCGCCGUCGUAAUCGUCGACAAGAAUCCUCUGAUGGGUUAUCUUCAAGAUUCGUGAAAAAGCUUCCCCAAUUCAAAUUCUCCGAACCCACCACAUACACACGGUACGAGAGCGAUUGCGUGGUUUGUUUUGAUGGAUUCAGACAAGGACAAUGGUGUCGGAAUCUUCCUGGCUGUGGACACGUGUUUCAUCGGAAGUGUGUUGACACUUGGUUGCUCAAAUCCUCGACUUGCCCGAUUUGCAGAGCUAGGGUUAGAUUGAGGGAAGAAGAUGCACAUGAAGGAGAAUUAUGGAGAUGUUUUGGUCAUAGAAGACGUAGUUUGCUAGAUUUGUAAUAUUGUGUGGUUCUGUAGACGUGGACGCAGUCAAAUGGAUGAUAAAAAUCUCCAUAACCAAAGCUACUCAGAGGUACAAUACAAGCCAAAGACUCUUUCCACCGUAGAAAAGUAGCGGGUCAACCAAUCAAUCUUAUGGUAGUAUAUAUGAGCACUAAGCAGAUGGGUUUGAUCUUAUAAACCCCUCACUACCAUUACCAAAAAACCAGUAGCCAAGAGGUUUUUUUUUUUUCAUUUUUCUUUUCAAAACCCAUGGAUCGGUUUUCGUUCUUGAAUGUUGUAAUGGAGGUUGCGGGUAUUCUAAAUGAAUCCCGCAAACUCUUUAUCAAGAACAAAAAGUUGAUGUUCUCAGUCUUGGCAUUCCCUCUCUUACUCAAUUGUUUAGUUUACUUGUUCAACGCCAUUGCCAUCAAACCCGAGAUAACAAACUUGAUCCUUGAAUCAAGUUUGUUACCUAUGACAGAUCCAAACACCCCGGAAUAUGCUGCCCAUCUUAUGAGAGUCUUUGCAGAUUUUCGUCAGUUUGUUAGUUCUUUAUACAUCUUCUUCGCCGUCUCCUCCAUCAUCAACCUCUUAUCCACUCUUGUCAUCGUUCACGCAUCGGCUCUUACUCAUAAAGAUGAUAGCUUCGAGAUCAAAGAUUUUCCGAUUCUGACCCUUAAAUAUUGGAAGGGACUUCUUGUGACUAAUUUCUACAUUGCUCUCUUCAGUCUUGGCUAUUGGUUCCUAUUCGUUAUAAUCCUUUUUUCUAUCGUUUUCUUCUCUACAAAACUCGAUUCCUUGGUAGCCAAAUCUCACGCUUUAUGGAUUCUAUUCGCAGUCUUUGAGUCUUACUUAGCUAUAGUUUGGAACUUAUCUAUGGUCAUAUCGAUACUCGAGGAUACUUAUGGGAUCCAAGCUUUGGGGAAAGCUGCAAAGAUUGUUAAAGGGAUGAAGCCAAAACUAUUCCUCUUGAAUCUUUUCUUUGGUUUAUUGUCAUUUGGAUUAGUUCAAAUCUUGCGACUGAUAGAUUGGAGUAGUUCAUUCUCGGUUACCUUAACCACCAGUUUGGUCCUUGUGAGUUCGGUCUUUGUGGUGAGGAUGUUUCAGCUUGUGACUUACACCGUUGCCUAUUUCCAAUGUAAGAGCCUGCAAGGCAAAGACGUUGACUCGCUGAGGGAUGUGGAAUAUACGAAAUUGUCCUCCACUACUCUCAUGGGAGGAUUGCCUUGAUUAUAUCUAUAGAAGUGGUAUAUAGUUUGUUUGUCUUAAGAAUGUUGAAGUUCACCAUGGAUUCGGUAAAUGAGUUCUAAUAAUCAAAGUUUGUUUUCUUACAAAGUAAUAAUCAAAGGUUUGGUUGUAUAUGUAUGUAUAUAGCAAGGUAUUUUUGCUUUUCUAUACAAUGCCGCAUAUGAUUUGAUUAUC